GGAAAGUGGGACCGCCCUUCAGCGACGGGCGGUGCUGGUGGCCGGGGUGUAGAAGCGGAGGAAAGAGCGGGGACCGAGGUCCGGGGUAGGCCGCAGCCAUGGAGGACAGCGGGCUGAUCCCUCCGGACCUGACCCCGGACGAGAGACUGGAGUUAGAGAGCAUCCGCCGGCGGAAGCUGGAGCUGAUGGCUGAGAUCCAGAGGCUGCGGGAUGAGCUCAAGGAGGCCAUGUUUGAGGUGGAAGGGCUGGAGAUCAACGAGGGCAGUAAAACGCUGCAGAGGAGCAAGCAGAUGGCCAUGGGCAGGAAAAAGUUCAACAUGGACCCCAAGAAGGGAAUCCAGUUCCUGGUGGAGAACGACCUGUUGAAGAAUGUGGCUGAAGAAAUUGCACAGUUCCUCUACAAGGGCGAAGGGCUCAAUAAAACUGCCAUUGGCGACUACCUCGGGGAGAGGGACGAGUUCAACAUCAAGGUGCUACAUGCGUUCGUGGAGCUGCACGAGUUCACCGACCUCAACCUGGUGCAAGCCUUGCGACAGUUUCUGUGGAGUUUCCGACUCCCAGGAGAGGCACAGAAGAUUGACCGGAUGAUGGAGGCGUUUGCCCAGAGAUACUGUCACUGUAACCCCGGAGUCUUCCAGUCCACAGAUACCUGCUACGUUCUCUCCUUCGCCAUCAUCAUGUUGAACACCAGUCUACACAACCCCAACGUCCGGGACAAGCCUACCGUUGAACGCUUCAUCUCCAUGAAUCGUGGCAUCAAUGAUGGCGGUGACCUUCCUGAGGAGCUGCUCCGGAACCUCCACGAGAGCAUCAAGAACGAGCCCUUCAAGAUCCCAGAGGACGACGGCAAUGACCUGACCCACACCUUCUUCAACCCUGACCGGGAGGGCUGGUUGCUCAAAUUGGGGGGCAGGGUGAAGACGUGGAAACGCCGAUGGUUCAUUCUGACGGACAACUGCCUCUACUACUUCGAGUACACAACGGACAAGGAGCCGAGGGGAAUCAUCCCACUGGAGAACCUGAGCAUCCGUGAGGUGGAAGACCCCAGGAAGCCGAACUGCUUUGAGUUGUACAUCCCCAAUAACCGAGGCCAGCUGAUCAAGGCCUGCAAGACGGAGGCAGACGGCCGCGUGGUGGAGGGCAACCACAUGGUGUACCGCAUCUCCGCUCCAACUCCCGAGGAGAAGGAUGAGUGGAUCAAGUGCAUCAAGGCAGCUGUCAGCAUCGACCCGUUCUACGAGAUGCUUGCUGCGCGGAAGAAGCGCAUCUCAGUGAAGAAGGUGGAACAGCCCUGAUGGAUGGAGGGGGAGAGGGAGCGGGGAGCUCCCCAGCGAGGAAAGAGAAAGGGAGGGUGAACCUUUGCCCCAUCACCCCAUCCCCUCCUCCUGUCACAGCAGUCAGCCGUGGUCUCGUUUUCAAGGAGUUGGAAGAUGAGACAUUUCAGACGAGAGACCAGUCCCUUGUGGAGGUUCUCCCUCCCUCCCUUUCAUCUUCCCCUACCCCCUCUCCGUUGCCACCACCCCUGGAGACUCGACAUAUGUGGCUGAAAGAGAGGACGGCCCCAUUUCUUCCCCUGGGCCCCGGACCAUUUUGCACCCCCCACCAACUCCUCUCCCGAGUUUGCAAGUGGGGUCGGGUGGGAGGUGGAGAGAGGGUGAGGACUUGGUCUCACUUCCGGUAUUCCGGAAUUUUACAGACUUUUGACGAUUUAAUGAGCUUCCAGAAUUGUUGAACACUCAUUAUUCUCACUACUGUUGGUAAUUAUUAUUAAUAUUAUUAUUGUUAUUAUUAUUAAUAUUUCACUACAAAUUCAUUGUGAUGCUGUUGUGCUCUAUACUGCGAGCAGGGCUCGGGAUAUGGAAUGCUGCCUCAAAGAGGCAUAACCGCAGCCACUGAACAGUGUCAAACAGCGAGGGAAAAAGCCCUUCAGCCCACACUAUGUAUGCUGACCACCCUACCCAUAGCCACUAAAACCCACUUGCCUGCGUUUAUAUAUAAUGCGAUCAUUUGAGUCGAGAAUAAUGUUCUCUUACAGGGUUGUCUAUUGGUGGGUCCUCAGGUGGUUGGGAUCCACGUAUUCUGGUGCAGUGUAGGCAAGAAUAAUUGGUGGCUAUGGUUAGUAGGUUGGGUCUUUUGAUUGUUUGGUCUCUCCCUCUUGGACCUGCCGCUUGUACUCUGCGGCACAGCAGAGAUCAGCCUCGUGCAGCGCAACUCCCUCUUGAACAGACUUCCUCUAGGUGUGUCUACUGAAUGCAAUGUCUUCCCAGUUUUUAGGUGUAAUGUUGAAUUUCUUCCGGCCGAUCUUGAUGUUUUUGAAGGUUUCCUUUGAGCCCACCAGGGGCUCUGUGACCUUCCUUCAACUUUGAGUAACGGAUCUGUUUGGGGAGACGUGAGGUAGGCAUCCGGAUGACAUGACUGAUCCAUCGGAGUUGGUGUUGAUUUAUCGUGGUGGAGAUGCUGUUCGUAUUGGCCUCCUCCUGUAUGCUGGUGUUGAUGCAUCUGUCCUUCCAGAUGAUCCUCAAAAUCUUCUGUAAGGAUCUUUAGUGGUAUUGCUUCAGGUAGGUGAUCCAUGAUUCAGCUGCAUACAGUAAUAUAGGAAGGAUGACUGCUCCUUUCCCUGCCCGGUAGCUGUGAGAUGUUAGCUAUGACCUGCACUCAUUGGCCACUUUAUUAGGUACACCUUGAAACCCAGUGUGGUCUUUUGCUGAUGUAGUCCAUCCACUUCAAGUUCAACAUGUUGUUUCUUCAGAGAUGCUCUUCUGCAGACCACUGACCUAAUGUGUAGCUAUUUGAGUUACUGUUGCCAUUCUGUCAGCUUGAACCGGUCUGGCCAUUCUCCUCUGACCUCUCACUAACAAGGAACUGCUGCUCACUAGAUUUUUUUUUUGUUUUUUACACCAUUCUCUGUAAACUCUAGAGAUUGAUGUGUGUAAAAAUCACAGGAGAUCAGUAGUUUCUGAGAUACUCAAAUCACCCCCCUGGCAUCAACAAUCACUCCACAGUUAAAAUCACUCAGAUCACAUUUUUCCACAUUAUGAUAUUAGGGCUGAAGAACAACUCAUUACCAAGACUCCAUGCUUUUAUGCAUUGCAUUGCUGCCACAUGAUUGGUUGAUUAGAUAUUUGCAUUCAUGAGCAGGUGUACAUAAUCAAUUGGCUAGUGACUGUAUGUUUGAGGGACCAUAAACCAUAGGAGCAGAAUUAGGCUAUUUGGCCUGUUGCAUCUGCUCUGCUAUUCCAUUAUUGCUGAACUAAUUUUGCAAGACCAUAGGGAAUGGGUAUUGGUUUAUUACCGACGGUUACUAAGGAUUUAAUGCUGAGGCUUUAUAAGGCUUUGGUCAGAUCGCACAGGGUAUUGUGAGCAGUUUUGGGCCUCUUAUGUAAGAAAAGAUCUGCUGGCAUUGGCGAGGGUUCAGAGGAGGUUCACAGGAAUGAUUUUGGGAAUGAAAGGGUUAAUGUAGGAGGAGUGUUUGAUUGCUCUGGGCCUGUACUCAUGGGAGUUUAGAAGAGUGAGGAGGGAUAUCAUUGAAAUCUAUUGAAUAUUGAAAGGCCUGGAAAGAGUGGACAUGGGCAGUAUGUUUUCUAAAGUGGGGGUGGGGGGAGUUGAAGACCAGAGGGCACAGCGAAAUUGAGGGAUGGAGUUAGUGAAUCUUUAGAAUUCACUGCCACAGACAAGUGUGGAGGCCAAGUCAUUGGGUGAACUUAAAGUGGAGGUUGUAUAGUUUCUUGAUUAGUAAGGGUUUUGUAUGUUCCAGGGAGAAAACAGGGGGAUGGGGUUGAGAGGGAUUUUAAUCAGCCACGAUGGAAUGGUGGAGCAGACUUGAUGGGCUGAAUAGACUAAUUCUGUUCCUAGGUUUUAUGGUCCUGUUAAUUUCAUUUGUCAAGGUUGAGUUUAUUGUCAUAUUCCCAAGUACCUGUCUGUACAGGUGCAAUGAAAAACAGCAUCAUGGCCUCAUAGUGUCAUAUAAUCAGCAUUCAGAAGGAAAGCAUCAAUGAAACAUAAUUAGACAUAACUAUUACAAGAAAGAGCACAAUUAGAAGACGGGAUCUGCAGAUGCCCCUCUCCCAGGUACACACCAGUCUGCCUGUCUAGAAUCUCAAUCCCCCCCAAUCCCUGACUGUUUAAAUGCCUGUUUACACACCCUUGAAAGUUCAAAGUAAACUUAUCAACAAAUUAUGUAUGCCAUAUACAGCCUUGGGGGUUUUCCAUCCAAUGUGAAAGAUGUGAAGUGGCGGGAAAUGACUCAUCAGGACAUUGCCUGCUCUGGGCAGCUGGAGUUAUAAGGAGAGACUAGAAGGGCUAGGACCGAUGGUGGAAUACAAUUACUACAGAUACUUGGACAGACGUUAGGCAAAGCACGGAAGUAGACAGGCCUAGUAUGGUCAAUUGGGAGCGGUAUGGAUGGCAUCGUGGUCAAGGUCAAAGCAGAUUUUAUUGUCUGACGAACAAGGCUGUGUGUAUACAGGAGCAAUGACAAACUUUGGAUCUAGCAUCAAAGGCAUAUCACAUCAGAUACACAAGAUAAAAGAAAAUUAUAUAAUUGUGCACCAUAUUUUUACAAGAAAUGAUACAAAUAGACCAAAAAAUGUCCUGAUAGUAGUUGGGGGUGGGGGGUCAUGGUGCUGCAAAGUACAAACUAUUAUUUGUUUUAUUUGUUGAGGUACAGUGCGGAACAGGCCCUUCUGGUGCUUUGAGCCGUGCUGCCCAGUAAUCCCCUGACUUAACCCCUGCCCAAUCACAGGACAAUUUACAAUGACCAAGUCACCAGCUAGCCGGGAGGAAACCACAGCACCCGGAUGAAACUCGUGUGCUCACGGGAAGAACGUACAAACUCCUUCCGGGGAGCAGUGGGAAUUGAACCCGGGUUGCUGGUACUGUGGAGCAUUCUGCUAGCCACUAUAUUAGUGCCACCCAUGUUACUGUUAAAGUACCUGUCCAGAUGCUUUUUUAAGUGCUGUUAGUGUUCCUGCCUCCAGCCCCUCCAACAGCUCAUUCCAGAUACCAUCUUAUUGGUUUAGUACGGUCACAUCUCCUUCAUCGGUCACAGUGCUGAAUAGGUAAGCGGGGCAGUUGUGAGGAUGUUGCAGUUAAUGUACGAUGUUGGUGAGGGCACCCCUGAAGAUUGUGUCACCCUGUU